UUUAUCGAAGAGUGGUAACACCAGAAGCAGCUGGAGGAAAGCUUUGUUUUCUUUGUGAUUAAAGUUUAAAACAGUUUUAAAACCCUGACUGACCGCAACACUCACAUCGAGAUGAGCGUGGCCACGGACCAGGAGACGGCGCCCAUCGCCAACUCGCGGAAUGGUCGCACGGGCAGCGUUUUCCGGAGCUUCGGGUCGCUCUUUGGCGGCAGCCAAAACAGCGGAGAUCAACAGCCGGGCGACGGAUAUGUGGAGUUCGGGAUGCAGAAUCCUGAGCGGAGCGGCCGGACGCUGGGCACCUUUGCCGGGGUCUUCAGCCCCGUGGCACUGUCCAUGUUCAGCGCCCUGGUUUUCAUCCGAGUCGGCUACAUAGUCGGAAAUGCGGGUCUGUACGUCACGCUGCUGCAGUUCGUCAUAGCGUACGCAAUUCUGCUCUUCACGGUGGCCUCCGUCUGUGCGAUUUCGACCAAUGGAGCCAUCGAAGGAGGAGGCGUCUACUUCAUGAUAAGCCGCACUCUUGGCUUGGAAUUUGGCGGCUCAAUCGGAACAUUGUUCUUCUUCGCCAAUGUGGUGGGAUCUGCCAUGGCCAUCUCCGGAUGCACUGAAGGCAUCCUGGACAACUUUGGGGCAAACGGAUACUUUGGUAGCUACUUGAAGGACGGGCCGUGGUGGUGCUUCCUCAUCAGCAGCCUGCUGAACACCCUCCAGUUGCUGGUCUGCUUGGUGGGGGCGGCCCUCUUCGCCAAGACGUCAGUAAUUAUUUUGGCCAUUGUGACUGUGUGUCUCUUCGUCACGUAUGUCAGUUUCCUGGCCGUAGGCGCCAGCAAUGAUACGAUAGCGGUUCCCUUGAGUAACAACCUUUCCAAAACGGUGCACUUCCUCAACUAUACGGGCCUCAACGCCAAUACGCUGCGGGACAACCUGGGAGAGCACUACGGAACCGAUUACACCUCCAAUGGCAAGCAGGUGGACUUCUCAACCACCUUCGGUGUGCUGUUCGCCGGAGUAACGGGCAUCAUGGCCGGGGCGAACAUGUCCGGGGACCUGAAGAACCCGGCGAAGAGCAUUCCGUGCGGCACCUUGUCCGCGGUGGCCUUCACGUUCGUCUCCUACGUCAUCCUCUCGUUCCUCAUGUGCUGCACCACGCCCUACUUCACGAUGCAGAACAACUACCUGUUCCUGCUGCCGGUGAACGUCUGGCCGCCAUUCACCGCCAUCGGAAUCCUGACGGCCACCUUCUCCACCAGCCUGAGCAAUCUGAUCGGCUCCAGUAGGGUCUUGGAGGCCUUGUCGAAGGACCAAGUUUUCGGAAACCUGCUCAACUUUGUGCUGCGCGGGACGUGGAAGGGAAACCCCAUUGCCGCCGUGGUGACGAGCUGGUGCCUCGUGGAGUGCAUCCUGCUGAUAGGAUCCUUCAACAUCAUCGCGCAGAUCAACUCGGUGCUGUUCAUGCUCGCCUAUUUGGCCACCAACCUGGCCUGCCUGGGCAUCGAGAUGACGGGAGCGCCCAACUUCAGGCCGCUGUUCAAGUACUUCACCUGGCACACGUGCCUCAUCGGACUCCUGGGCACGCUGGUGAUGAUGUUCGUGAUCAACCCCAUUUACGCCUCCAUCUGCAUAAUCCUGUGCCUCAUCCUGGUGAUUGCUCUGCAUCUGUUCUCGCCCGCCACUCAGGCCGCCCAGUGGGGAUCCAUUUCCCAGGCCCUGAUGUUCCAUCAGGUCCGCAAGUACCUUCUGAUGCUGGAUCCGCGCAAGGACCACGUCAAGUUUUGGCGACCCCAGAUCCUGCUGUUGGUCUCCUCGCCGCGAUCCUGCUGUCCGCUGGUGGACUUUGUCAACGAUUUGAAGAAGAGCGGUCUCUACAUCAUCGGCCACGUGAAACUGGGCGACUUCAAGGACGUCCAGGACUUCGAAAACAACCAGCAGUGGUGGUCUUUCUUGGACCACAUGCGUGUCAAGGCAUUCACGGAGGUCACAGUGAGCCGGAGCAUCCGCGAGGGAGUCCAGCAUUUGAUUCGCCUGUCGGGCAUUGGAGCCAUGAAGCCAAACACGAUCAUUUUGGGAUUCUACGACAGCGAAGCGCCGCGGGAUUUCUUCCAAAACGGUUCCUCCCCCUAUAAAACGGACGACUUCAACAGCGGGGAGAUCCAGAACUUUCCCAUCCGCCGCGAUGGGGAUCCCAAGCACUUCCAAGUGGAGGAGUAUGUGCAGAUUCUCUGCGAUACCCUGCGGAUGAAGAAGAACCUCUGCCUGUGCAGGAACUUUCAGCGACUGGACAAGAACUUUAUUGCCCAGAGCAACCACGUGAAGUACAUCGAUGUGUGGCCCAUCAAUGUUUUCAACCCCACGCUGGGGGAUCCCUUCGAUAUGGUGUCCCUGUUCAUGAUGCAGCUGGCAGUGAUAAUGCUGGCCAAGUGGAAGCACUUGCGAGUGAGGAUUUUCCUGUGCGAGACGAACGAACAGCGAGCAGUGGGCACCUUUGAUUCUCAGGCCCCGCAAAUGGAGAUCUUCUCCAAGCAGAAGCUGGAGCAGUCUCUCAAGGAGCUGCGCAUCUCGGCCCACAUUGUGGAGAUCCAGGAGUGGAGCCACGACACCGACUUCAGCCGCCGCGCCCGCACCCUGAGGCAGUACACUGGCCAGGCGGACAACGUGAUGUUGGAAGACGACGACGAGGAGUCCCUGAACCGCUCGCUGCUCUACAUGCAGCGUGCCAAUCAAAUUAUCCGGGAGCGCUCAGACCAGACGGCCCUGUCGUUUAUCUAUUUGGCCGCUCCGCCGAAGCUGGCCACUCCGGACUUCGCUCAGCGCAGCGCCAGCUACAUGGAGCUGCUCACCGAGCUGACCGCCGAGUUGCCGCCCACAAUUCUCGUGCACGGCGUCAGCACAGUGACCUCCACCACGCUGUAAGCGGGACAAGCCGGCGGGCAAGCGAAUAUUUUACGAGUGAUAGGAAUCCAGAGUGCAACCGGAUUGAACCAAUUGCGAGGGGCGGCUGAUAAGUGGAUAAAUCUUAAGAUCGUUGUGUGCGUUUCUGUGUGUGCUUCAAGCUUUAUUUAUAAUCAAGAAUAAUGCACGAGGGUGAGUCGAUUGAAUGUUCAUUUUCCGCCGUGAGAGUAACCGGAGUAUUGUCGACUUGCCCUCCAGUAACUAUUGCAUCUGUAGGUAACCAUUUGUUUUAGAUAAUUUAAUAUUUAUUCACACACACAAGCACGUUGAUGUCACGAGCCCGAAUCCCAACCAUAUUCAUAUCAGAUAAAUACAAUUUUAAGCGAAUCCAUGACCAUCUCCUGCGAUUGCUCCAUGAUAUCAUACUUUAAAGUUUCAACUCACCCAACCGAACCCACACCGAUAUUAACCUAUUUGUGAUUGAAUAUCAAUAUCUGCACUAGAAGACAGGCCGAACGGCGAAAGUAUUAGAUAACCGCUUAGAAGGCGGUUGUAAAACAAACAACUUCGUGGCGCACUUAGUUUUUAAACCAACUCUUGGCGGCCCACGGUUCCGACGGACGUUGAUGGAUUGUUUUUAGAGGAAUAUUGCGUGUGCUACUAUCCACGGAACUGUGACUAAGCCGUACAAUAUAAUAGUAAUCGUAGCGUUCAAUGUAAUCAGUUCUUUCCAAUAAUUUAAAUAAAGUUUUAGUGAUAUUUAUACACUCCUACUAA